AUGCCGGACACAUUCACACUCCUAAAGAACCGGACAGAGCCACGGCUGGGGCAGCUCGAGCGCACACUGGCCUCGGAGGGGAGCGCCCGCCCCGCCUGGGUCAUAGCUAUCCUGGCCAGCGUGCUGAUCUUCACCACGGUGGUCGAUGUGCUGGGGAAUCUGCUGGUGAUCAUAUCGGUGUUCAGGAACCGCAAGCUGAGGAACUCGGGCAAUGUGUUUGUGGUGAGUUUGGCAUUUGCUGACCUUGUGGUAGCCUUCUACCCCUACCCCCUGGUUCUCUAUGCUCUCUUCCACGACGGCUGGGCGCUGGGAAACACACAAUGCAUGGUCAGCGGUUUCCUUAUGGGGCUGAGUGUCAUCGGCUCCAUCUUCAACAUCACUGGGAUUGCGGUGAACAGAUACUGCUACAUCUGUCACUCCUUCUCCUACAGUCGGCUGUACAGCUAUCGCAACACUCUGCUGUUUGUUGCCUUAAUCUGGCUGCUCACGGUGGUGGCCAUUGUCCCAAAUUUAUUCGUUGGUUCCCUGCGCUACGACCCGCGGGUCUACUCCUGCACCUUCGCCCAAAAUGUCAGCAGUUCCUACACGGUGGCGGUGGUGGUGGUUCACUUCCUGGUUCCCAUCGCAGUGGUUACCUUCUGUUAUCUUCGCAUCUGGGUGCUUGUGAUUCAGGUGCGGCGUAAAGUGAAGACUGAGGAGAGCCCCCGCCUCAGGCCAAGUGACUUGCGGAAUUUCAUCACCAUGUUUGUGGUCUUUGUGCUGUUUGCCAUCUGCUGGGCCCCGCUCAACCUGAUUGGCUUGGCGGUGGCCAUAGAUCCGUCCCACGUGGCCCCCCGCAUCCCUGAGUGGCUCUUUGUUGUCAGCUACUUCAUGGCCUACUUCAAUAGCUGUCUGAACGCCAUCAUCUAUGGUUUACUCAACAGGAAUUUUAGGAACGAGUACAAACGCAUUGUCACCUCUGUCUGGGUGACCCGGCUCUUUGUGACAGAGACUUCACGAGCCGCCACGGACGGCAGGAGCAUGAAGAGCAAGCAGUCGCCGCCGCCACCGCACAACAACAACGAGUCGGUCAGAGAUCGCAUAAAUAAAGAAUGA